CCACACAAAGUGUGGGUUUCUGGUUCAGAGCAGGCAAAGCUCAGUAGCAGCUUGAAGCGCAUCGUCGGCGGUGAACGGAGAAAUGGCCAUGGACGACUACGACGAUGACAUGAGCAGCGUGGGCGUAACCACGGCACGGAUCGAGAACCAACAUCAGCAGCAGCACCAACAGCAGCAUGGACACCACCAACAGGGCCAGAGCCAGUAUAGCGCUGGGGCGGUGAAAGUGGGAGGAUGGCGAUACGAGGAUGCGAGUCGCUACAUCGGCGAGUGGAACCAGCGCGGACAGAAGCACGGCAUCGGGCAUCUGCAGUUCGCCGAUGGCACCCGCUACGAUGGCCAGUUCCAGGAGGGUCUCAGCCAAGGAGUGGGCUGCCUCUGGUUCGCGGAUGGCGCAAAAUACGAAGGCGAAUUCCAUCAGGGAUGGUUCCAUGGUAACGGGAUUUUCUGGCGUGCUGAUGGCAUGAAGUACGAAGGUGAGUUUCGUGGCGGAAAGAUCUGGGGCCUGGGUCUGCUGACGUUCCAAGACUUCACGCACGGCUUUCCCAGGAACGAAGGCUUCUUCCAAGACUGCCGCUUUAUGAGGCGGCGUCGGUGUCCUGAGGUAGUGCAGCGGGCUCAGAAGUGCGCUCUAAUGGCACGUUCCCAGUGCGAACACCCCUACUAAUCAUAGGCGUCAGAUUCUGUAUGGAAAGGCCAAAAAGCCCGUUAUGGCCACUUCUAAUCGAUUGAGAGAACUUAACAUUUUGGCUUUCUUCGCUGUUCCAUGUAUUAAGAAUGAUAUCUAUAAAAGUGAGUCAAAUAUGUGUCCUUAACAAAGAUUACAUUAAAAUAAAAAUUUCUACGGAGUUACCCUGUUAAACAUA